AUGGAUGACAGCGAGAGUAUCAGUCCGACAAAUGGCCCCGAGAAACGCAAACACGACGACCUCACGCCUCAGCCGCGCGCAAAGCGCAAUCGAUACAUCUCAAUCGCAUGCAAUGAAUGCAAACGUAGGAAGAUUAAGUGCAAUGGCCAGAACCCAUGUCAGCGAUGCGGAAACCUCGCGCUCGAGUGCAUGUAUGCGCCGAACUGCUGCAAUAGCUUCAAGGAAUCCGAGGAAUUCAAGCAGAUGGAUGCCCAUAUAUCAUCGCUCCAAGAGCAAGUCGACCAGCUAUUCGCGAACAUCAGCUCCCUCCGAACCCAAGUCAGCACAUCCCCAAAUACUGAAGGCACACCAUUCACCGGGCACGACCAUGGCAGAUCUAUGUCUAUGUCACAGAACUCGGGCUAUAUAUCAUCUUCUGGUCACAAAAGAACCCACUCGCACGCUCGACACCCUCAAUUCCACGGUCCUACAAGUUCUCAGUUCAGUCUCGGGAUAGCCAAAUCGAGCUUACAGACAAUGGGGAUCUUCCCGCCAGGAGGGAUAGAUGAGGAAAUUGGAACGCAAGACCAAACGCCGGCAGCAUCUCCACCCCCAUUGGGGAGCUCUGGGCUACCAAGAGCUGUGCUGCAUGCUACGAAGGAUCCUAUCUGGUCACUAAGCAAAGAAGAAGCGACACGGCUUGUCAAUGUGUGGCAUGAGGAGAUGGGAAUGAUGUAUCCCUUCCUCGACCACGAGAAAAUAUCUGAAUACACCGGAAUGCUCUUUACUUUCAUCGAUGCGGCGAGUAGAGCAGGACUUAUGCAGAGUGGUAAACCUGGUGGGGAUGCCAUUAUGGACGAGCAGACUAGUGUGCUUAAGCUCAUACUAGCGAGUGCCCUGGUCCUCGAAGGAUAUGGUAAGAGCGAGCUCGGCCAGAAGUUGUUUCAGAAUGUCCAGACGGUGGUUGAAACGACCCUCCUGGCUCCGGUCACCUUGAGAGGAAUUCAUAUGCUCAUGCUUACAAGCAUGUAUCACUUCCAGUUGGAACGUUCGGAUGAGAGUCUUGCUUGGCGCGUCUGCGGACUCGCAGCACGACAGUGUUUAGAGCUAGGCCUUCAUCGCCGUGAAACGUACAACCUCAUCUUCCAUGAUGAAGAGGACCGACAGAGCGCCAUUCGAACGUUUUGGGCAGUUUACGUACUCGACAGGAGGUGGAGUUUCGGAACAGGGCUUGGACUAGCUUUGCAGGAUUCUGAUAUCGAUCCUCAAUUGCCUAAGCCGAACAACUCGACUCCAUACCUGACUCUGAUGGUUGCUUACAGCCACAUCGGGAGCAAAGUUUGGAAAUCUGUCGCAAAUUUUGAUGGCACGCAAAACAACAUCAGUAAAGAAGACAUAGGGUACCUUGACUACCAGAUCCUCCAAUGGCACCGCUCGGUACCGGACUCGUUGAAAUACGUACACCCAGAUUCAGGUCAGAAGGCUUCCCCGAGCACUCGUGGAGUGUCACGCCUACGGGUGGCUCUCUAUCUCAGGGCCAACCAGAUGCGGAUAGUCAUCUAUCGACCAGUCCUCCACACAGCUACUAGUAUCGUGGAGAACAUGGAUCACGCGCAGACUGUAGUCAGCAUUGCGAAAGAUACCAUUCGUAUACUGACCCACACGAACCAAACCUCAGAUAUCUACAAGACACAGCAGGUCAUGUUCAAUUACUUCCUUAUCUCUGCUCUUGCGGUUCUCUUCCUCGCGGUCUCCCAUGCACCGGCACAGUUCAGCAGCCAAUGCCGGGACGAGUUCUACAUGGCAUUAGACCUCGUCCGUGGCCUAUCGGCGGAUUCCCACGUCUCGCAGCGGCUGUGGAAGACGAUACGAGGCUUGAAAGAGAUCGUGCCGAAGCUUGGCUUGAAUCUGAGCAACAUAUCUGCCGACGACGCGCAUUCCACCGCCGCGGUUGCCAUGGCCGGUCUGGCAGGCCACCAGGUCGACGAAAUGGCCAUCUUCUCAAAUGGCCGGGAAGGCGGCCCCUUGCAGAAUGCCAGUCCAGCCGGCAUGGCGAAUGACCUGACGAAUCUCUUCGAAGCCGCGGGGUCCUAUCCGAAUAUGCUGGCAAACGGCUUCGGUAUGUCUGGGGCCGAUAUGGGGACAGGAGACUUAAUGCCGACGUUGUUUGGGCAUGAAGAUGAACUCUCAAAGAUUAUGAGGGACUUGUUUUGAUGGGUAUCGUGAUAUCUGUGGCGUAGGAAUAGCUCGUCGAGCUAGGUAUCUAGGUGUGGUUGAAUGGCUAGUAUGUGCCUUGGGCGUUGGGAUUGACCACGGAUCAGAACUUAGGGGAUAGCUUCUAGGGGCGACAAAUAGAGACACGGGCAUUCCUUGGUAGAGAAAAAUAUGGUUCGACUUCUAGCCCA